AGCCCAUCUGGAGUCAAGUAGCUCUUUUUGUCUCCAGAAGCCUUUCUCAGUAUAUCACACCCUCCUUCCUAGGAUGGAACUCUGAGUCAGGCAGGAUGCACAUAAGGGGCCCAGCCCACUCCUGUCCUGGGCCAAGGGAGAUGCCUCCCAGCCCCCAACAAGGGUCUUGCCCUGCCCUGCCCUGCCCUGCCCUGCCCUUCCCCUGGGCUCCUGGUGCCUCCAAGGUCAAGUUCUUGGCUUGGCAUUCAAUGCCCCGCCCUGUUUCCCACGUGACACCAGACUAGCCUUCUGACCAGCCUGAGUUCCCCACAAGUAGGGUCUCUCCCCAGUUGGGACCCCUUAGUUCUGUCUCGAAUAGUUCCCCAAAACUUUCUGGGGUAGAGUGUGGCUCAAGCCCCAGGACUGCCCCUUAUUACUUGGGUGAUCACGAUAAAGUUCUUCUUUUCCUCUCCCAGAGCAUCAGUUUCCCCACCUGUAAAAACAAGGGGGCUGGACACCAUAAUGAGGGUACAGCCCUCUCGAGCUUCAGAGGCAAUUGAACCGACACUGUCCCUUUAAUUCCCGACCUAGUUGUUGGGGGCGGGGUUGCACAUGCGCAUUGAGCUUCGGGACUUAUUUCUUACUCCCCGCCAUCACAUGUUCUUUCCUCAUCCCGGAGGGAUCAAGGCAUCCGUGGCCGAGCGUAAAGCGCAGGCGCACUUCUUCAUCGUGGGACCUAUGUCGUUCCGCGAGAAGCCGGGGCUCUUUCUGGCGCCCCGCCCUGACGACCAAUCAGCGAGCCUCACUCUCCAUACCCGCCAAUGGCAACGAGACGGAGGCGUGGUCAGGCAGCGGGGGCGCGGCCUGGCGCCGGGCUAAGCGGCGGGCCGAGCCGGGGACUCGAGUGAGCGGCGGGGCCGGCGGCGAGCUCUGGCGGGCGGGAAGGUGAAUCCCGGCCAUGUCGCGCUGGCUGUGGCCGUGGUCGAGCUGCAUGAAAAAGCGAGCCUGCCGCUACCUGCUGCAGCACUACCUGGGCCACUUCCUGCAGGAGCGGCUGAGCCUGGAGCAGCUCAGCCUGGACCUAUACCAGGGCAGCGGCGGGCUACGGGAUAUCCACCUGGACGUGUGGUCGGUGAAUGAGCUGCUGGAAUCCGUGGAAUCCCCCCUGGAACUGGUGGAUGGCUUCGUGGGCUCCAUCGAGGUGGCGGUGCCCUGGGCUGCCCUCCUCACUGACCACUGCACCAUGCAGGUGUCUGGCCUGCAGCUCACCCUGCGGCCACGGAGCGGGCAAGGGCCCGGGAUGGCCGAGUCUCAGAGCUGGACCUCCUGCAUGACCACCAGCCUGCAGCUAGCCCAGGAGUGCCUUCGGGAGGGGGCCCCCGAGCCCACCGAGCCCCCCCAGCCCCUGGAGGGCCUGGAGAUGUUCGCCCAGACCAUUGAGACCGUUCUUCGAAGAAUCAAAGUGACCUUCCUGGACACGAUCGUGCGGGUGGAGCACACGCCCGGCGGCGGCAGCGACAGCAACAUGGCCCUCGAGGUCCACAUUCAGAGGCUGGAGUACUGUGACGAGGCUGUGCGGGACCCGAGCCAGGCUCUGCCCGUGGACGUGCACCAGCCCCCCGCCUUCCUGCACAAGCUGCUCCAGCUGUCUGGCGUGAGACUUCACUAUGAGGAGUGUCCCCCCCGGAGGAGCCCCCCGGCCCCCCCCCUGCAGAUCGGCAGCUGCUCGGGGUACAUGGAGCUGACAGUAAAGCUGAAGCAGAACGAGGCCUUCCCUGGGCCCAGGAUGGAAGUGUCGGGGCAGGUGGGCUGCCUGCACUUGCUUCUGGCCCCCCAACAGCUCCUGCAGCUUCAGGACCUUUUCAGCGCCCUCAGCCUAGCAGAGACGGAGGGGCUGUCGGAGAAGGCCAACAAGAGCCGCCCCCUCGGGGCCGAGGACCUGAGGCUCAUCGAGCAGGACCUGAGCCAGCAGCUGCAGGGGGGCGCCCCGGCCCUGUCCUCCGACCCUCUGCUGGGCACGGACAGCACAGAUCUCUUCUUCUCCAUGGCCGCCCUGACCAGCAGCGUGACCUCCGCCCGCUCCGUCUCGGAGCUCUCCCUCUCCGACGUGGACCUGAACUCCUCGGUGCACAGCGAUGGCACCCCCCGGCGCCCCCACAUCCACCCUGCCCUCCACGGUCUUAGCCGCCUGCCUGGCAAGGCGGCAGCCCCCAUCCCCCCCGAGAGCCUCCGCCCAGAGUCCCUGCUGAAGGUGACCCUUGGUGGGAUGACGCUGACGGCCCUGCAGCAGCCCCCCGGGGCACCCCCUGGAUGCCCCCCCGACCUCGCCGCCCGGUUCUUCGCCGAGUUUGACGCUGCCAAAGAGGGACCCUUCGGGUCCCGGGACUUCCAGCACCUCCGGCCUCGCUUCCAGAAGGCCUGUCCCCGGAGCCACGUGAGGCUGACGGGCUCGGCCGUGCAGCUGAGCUGGGAGCAGCGUGGAGGGGCCGGGGGCAGGGGCCGGACGUUUAGCACCGACCUGCUCUUCGGCCAGCUGGAGGUGUUAGAGUGUCUGUGGCCCGAAGGGGCGGCCGAGCCCGAGUACACGGAGCUCCUGAGCUUCCCCAACGGCUCCGGCUUCGGGGCAUCAGCCCGACCCUGCGCCCACCUGCGGUACCUGCAGACGCAGCGCCGAGUCCCCAAGAGCCACCCCCGGCGGGCAGUCUCCUGCCGUUGUACCUCCGACUUGUCCCUGGAGCUGGCCGAAUUCCAGUCCGACGUGGAGCUGGGGGCCCUGGACAGGCUCGUGGCCCUGUUCCAUCUCGCCACCACCCCAGUGGACCGGGAGCAGGGCCUGCUGGGGGAGCCUCCUUGUGCUGUAGAACGGCAGACAGCUGUGCGGGUCGUGGCCCCCCAGGCCACGCUUCAGCUACGCUUCCCCAUCCCUGACCUGCGCCCGGAGCGCGAUCCCUGGGCAGGCCGGGCCGUGCGAGAGGAGCUUCUCCGGUUGGAGCUGAACGACCUCGAGUUCCAGUCUGAGCUGAGCCAUGGCCCUGGCCCGCAGGCCCCCACCCGUUUGGAGCUUACCUGCAGUGACCUCCAUGGGACUUACGAGGACAGGGAGAAGCCAGCUGUCCCCUGCCUUCGAGUCUCCAAAACCCUGGACCCCCGGGGCCCUGGCCUCAAGUACAUCCUACCCAAGGCAGUGGUGACCCUGAACCCCCAGUACAGCAGCUCCCAGUGGGACCUGGUGCUAGAGAAGGGAGAAGACCUGGAGCUGUCGUCGGCCGAGAGCCCUUGCGAGCUGCGGGAGCCUGAGCCUUCGCCCUUUUCCUCCAAGAGGACCAUGUAUGAGACAGAGGAGAUGGUGAUUCCUGGUGAUCCUGAGGAGAUGGGAGAAUUCCAGAGCCGGACCUUGGCCCUGUCCAGAUGCAGCCUGGAGUUGACCCUGCCCAGUGCCCACAUCUUCUUGCCUAGCAAGGAAGUCUACGAGAGCAUCUACAACAGAAUCAACAAUGACCUGCUCAUGUGGGAGCCUGGAGACCUGCUGCCAGACCUGGGCCCUGCCGCUUCUGUGGCUGCCCCCGGCUUCCCCGGGCCCUCCUCCUUCUGGCACGACAACUUCAAGAUGUGCAAGUCUGCCUUUAAACUGGACUCGGACUCUGACGACGAAGACGUGCACUUCUUCUCAGUGAAUGAGUCAGGGGUCCCACAGCCCGCUGCGCCAGAGCCCCGGAGUCCUCGGGCCCAGAGCACUUUCUCCACCCUGGUGACGGUGCUGAAGGGCCGCAUCACCAUCCUGUGUGAGACCAAGGGGGAGGGGGGGAAGAAAUUGGAGGACUGUCACGGGGAGCUGGUCCUCGAUGUGACUCAGGGCACCAUCUUCAGCGUCUCCCAGUACCUGGGCCAGCCCGGGCUCGGCUACCUGUGCCUCGAAUCUGAGAAGGUGGCCCUCUAUCAUCAAGCUGUGGUGGACGAUUACUUACUGCCUUCCCGGCUCGAGGUGCCCAGCUUCACCCCACCUGCCCACCUGGCACCAACCAUCUACCCCUCGGAGGAAGGGAUGACGGAUCGGGGCGCCGCAGGCCGCAAGGGCCAGGGCCAGGGGCCCCGCAUGCUGUCCACGGCGGUGCGCAUUCACCUGGACCCCCAGAAGAAUGUCAAGGAGUUCCUGGUGACUCUGCGGCUGCACGGAGCUACCCUGCGCCACCGCAUGGCCCAGCCCAGCCAAAGCUGGCACUGCCAGCUGCUGGACUUCUUGGACGUGUUGGAUGACCCCAUCCUCGGCUUCCUGCCGCCCACAGUCAUCACAGUCCUCCACACACACUUGUUCUCCUGCGCCGUGGACUACAGGCCUCUCCACCUCCCCGCGAGGGUCCUCAUCACUGCAGAGACCUUCACGCUCUCCAGUAACAUCAUCAUGGACACCUCCACCUUCCUGCUCAGGUUCAUCCUCGAUGACUCUGCCGUCUACCUGUCUGACAAGUGUGGAGUCGAGCCCCUCGAUCUGCGAAAGGAUUACGUCUGCGUCCUGGACGUGGAUCUGCUCGAGCUGGUGAUCCGGACCUGGAAAGGCAGCACUGAGGGCAAACUGAGCCAGCCCCUCUUCGAGCUGCGCUGCUCCAACAACGUGGUCCACCUGCACAGCUGCGCUGAUUCCUGCGCCCUGCUGGCCAACCUGCUCCAGUAUGUGGUCAACUCAGGGGACCUGCACCCCCCGCCCCGGCCCCCCAGCCCCACCGAGAUCGCCAGCCAGAAGGUGCAGCUCUCCGAGAGCCCGGCCUCGCUGCCCUCCUGCCCCCCGGCCGAGACCGCCCUCAUCAACCAGCGGGACCUGACCGACGCGCUCAUCGACACGGAGCGGAGCCUGCGGGAGCUGGCCCUGCCACCAGGCGGCGGGCCCCUCCGGCAGGCCUCUCCCGUGUCCGUUUACCUGUUCCCAGGGGAGCGUGGGGGAGGCCAGCCCCCACCGCCCCCCAGGGGUCCCUGUGAAAGCAGCCCCGGCUCCAAGGAGGAGGAGGCGGAGGAGGAGGAAGAAGAGGAGGAGGGGGACGCGGACGCUCUGGACAGCGACGAGUUCUGCAUCCUCGAUGCCCCCGGCCUCGGCAUUCCGCCCCGGGACGGCGAGCCGGUGGUGACGAAGCUGCAGACGGGGCCCAUCACAGUCCGGGACGGCCACUUCUCGCGGCCUCUAGGCAGCACGGACCUGCUGCGAGCCCCGGCCCACUUCCCCGUGCCCACCAGCCGCCUGGUGCUGCGGGAGGUCUCCCUCGUCUGGCACCUCUAUGGCGGCCGCGAUUUGGGGCCUCACCACAGCCACAGGACAAAAUCCAGCCUCUCCGGCCCCCGCGGCUCCCCGUCGCGCUGCUCCGGCCCCAAUCGGCCCCAGAACUCAUGGCGUACCCAGGGGGGCAGCGGCCGCCAGCACCACGUGCUCAUGGAGAUCCAACUCAGCAAGGUGAGCUUCCAGCACGAGACGUACCCGACAGAGAGAGCGGCGGCCCCUGGGGCCGAGCUGGCCGAGCAGCCCUUGUCCCGCCAGGUGUUCAUCGUGCAGGAGCUCGAGAUCCGCGACCGCCUCGCCUCCUCCCAGAUCAACAAGUUCCUCUACCUGUACACGAGCGAGAAGAUGCCGCGGCGCGCCCACUCCAACAUGCUGACCAUUAAGGCCCUCCAUGUGGCCCCAGAGGCGGGCCUGGGGGGCCCCGAGUGCUGUCUCCGCGUCUCCCUCAUGCCACUGAGGCUCAACAUCGACCAGGACGCCCUGUUCUUCCUGAAGGAUUUCUUCACGAGUCUGGCUGCGGGCAUCACGCCGGUGAUUCCCAUGGAGACGGGGGCGGAAGCUCGCCCAGAGCCCGCUGCCCGGAGUGGCGCCUCCCAGGAGAAGCUGCCGGAGCAGGCGGAGAUGAGCAGUUCUGUGGAGACGACGACCAGCGAGCAGAGCUCCUCGUCUACAUCUGUGGCGUCGGCCGAGCAGCCCAUCUACUUCAGGGAGUUCCGCUUCACCUCCGAGGUGCCCAUUUGGCUGGACUACCACGGCAAGCACGUCACCAUGGACCAGGUGGGCACCUUCGCUGGGAUCCUCAUCGGCCUGGCCCAGCUCAACUGCUCAGAGCUCAAGCUCAAGCGUCUCUGCUGCCGGCAUGGGCUCCUGGGCGUGGACAAGGUGCUGGGCUACGCACUCAACGAAUGGCUGCAGGACAUCCGGAAGAACCAGCUGCCGGGGCUCCUGGGAGGCGUGGGCCCCAUGCACUCGGUGGUCCAGCUCUUUCACGGCCUUCGAGACCUGCUGUGGCUUCCUAUCGAGCAGUACCGGAGGGAUGGGCGCCUCAUGCGGGGGCUGCAGCGGGGGGCUGCCUCCUUCGGGUCUUCUACGGCCUCCGCCGCGCUGGAACUCAGUAACCGCCUCGUGCAGGCCAUCCAGGCCACUGCCGAGACUGUGUACGACAUCCUGUCCCCGGCGGCCCCCGUGUCGCGCUCCCUGCAGGACAAGCGCUCGGCCCGCAGGCUCCGCCGCGGCCAACAGCCAGCCGACCUCCGGGAAGGUGUAGCCAAGGCCUACGACACUGUGCGCGAGGGCAUCCUGGACACGGCUCAGACCAUCUGCGACGUGGCGUCCCGCGGGCACGAGCAGAAGGGGCUGACGGGGGCCGUCGGGGGGGUGAUCCGCCAGCUGCCCCCCACGGUGGUGAAGCCGCUCAUCCUGGCCACGGAGGCCACGUCCAACCUGCUGGGGGGGAUGCGGAACCAGAUCCUGCCUGACGCCCACAAGGACCACGCGCUCAAGUGGCGCUCGGAGGAGGCCCAGGACUGAGGGCUGGAGGCGGUCAGGCCCCGCCGGGCCUCGGAGGACGCUCGCGCCCCUCGGCUCUCUGGCCAUCGGGGUCCUCGGCUGCGGGGCUCGCGGCGGGGCGGGCAUGGGCCCCCCUCGAAACCGAGUCUCCUCGAGGCCCCCCGCCAAUCCCUGGCCCAUCCUCGGGGCCCGGCCGGGGGGCACAGAUGGGGUUCGGGGUCCGUCCUGCGUUCAAGCGCCCCCCCCCGCUCCCCCGCUGCUGCUGCUGCUGCCACCUGGCCCGGGACUUCUGGGGCAGCGCUCCUCCGGCCAAGCGUGUCUCUGUGUUACAAGGGGGGACCGGGGCCGGGGACACACGUGUGAUUCCUGUACCCCUUCGGAGCCCCCCGGGCUGGGGGCCGCGGCUUCUGCAUGAUGUGGAAUAAAUUGUGCCCGUAGCCGCCA